GGGUGCGGCUGCACUGCACCACGCGGAUCGUUCGUUGCUGCCGUUGUAAUCGGACACCCACUUUAUUUCCGCAAGGAGAAAAACACUUUUUUUCCUCGUUGUUCAGGUUAAACGGCCGUAACACAAAGACGGUUGGGUGGCGCGCGCUGUUGUUUUCUGAGCGCGUGUGUACCGGAGUUUUUGCUGGUCCCGAGACCGGACGCUGCACUUCUUUGUUCUGUGCUGCGUCCUGUAAACUCUCUCUGGACGCGGCUGGUCUGUGACCCCACGCUGCAACCGAUCCUCUAAAAGUUCUGCAGCAAUGCCCGGAAUCAACACUCACACGCUGUACAGCUGGGAGAUGGAGCACUACUUUUACGACGAGAUGGAAACCGAGCAGGACUUCUUUAAGUCUUCUGCUCCGAGCGAGGACAUAUGGAAGAAAUUCGAGCUGCUUCCCACCCCACCCAUGUCGCCGUCAAGGACUUUGUACGGGGACUACUUACUGUCGUUACCGGCGCCGCCGAAGUUAUUACCAUGUGACGAGGAGUACGAGGGGUUGUACAAGUUCGACCCCCUGGACAUUUUUGAAAAUCUAGGUUCCAUCGUAAUCAAAGACUGCAUGUGGAGCGGGUUUUCCACGAGUCACCGGCUGGACAAAGUGGUUCACGGCGAGCGUGCACCUGUGACGGCUCCGAUUCAGACCUCUACCUCAUUACAGACAGUUUUGACCACACACAAAGGUCUCCAUGCCGUACCGGGCACGCCCGUCACCCAUGCGGCCCAGUGCGUGAACCCCGCAGCAGUCCUCGAGCUCCCUGUCCCGCAUAACCAGAAAGGGGCUGUAGGGUCUUCCGGUUCUGAGGGUCGCUCUGAUUCAUCCGAUGAUGAUGAUGAUGACGACGAUGAGAUCGACGUGGUGACCAUUGACAACCGACCGAAGCGUGGUCGACCUCCAAGCCGUCGGACGCCAGUGACCAUCACUGUGAGUGCGGAUCCAUUCGGACCGUGUCCCAAACGCUUCCACAUCUCUCUACAUCGGCAGCAGCACAAUUAUGCUGCCCCCUCCCCCGACACAGAGCCUGAAGAUGACUUUGACGAGAUUGAGUCUGUGAGCAAACUGCCACGCCUGGAGCAUUCAUCCUCUCCCUCAUCUCCACUCUCCUCACCUGCCACUUCUGACUCGGAAGACUUCAGCGAACAGCGGAGGAACUUCUUGGAGAGGAAGAGGAGAGAUGACCUUCGCUCCAGGUUCCAAGCGCUCCGAGCCGAGAUUCCAGGUCUGUCCGCAUCAGCAAAGACUUCAAAGGUUGCGAUUCUGACACAGGCAAUGGAAUACUUACUGCAGCUGCAUACGUGCCAGCGGCGUCAAGCUCGGGAGAGAAGGAAACUGAAGGCCAAACAACAACAGCUUCUCCGGAAGAUCAGCGUAUUACAGAAAUCCUGAAAAACAUUCAUUGUAACUCAAAAGCAUCUAAAAUUUUCCAAAGCUCAUUAUGAAUGAGAACUCAUUCUGUGACUAAAAUUGACUGCAGGGAGGUCCACAUUGAAUUCUGCCCUUAUAGAAGGGAUCUGUAUUAUAAGUCUGUAUAUGUAUGUGCCAAAGUGGUUGCUUUUGGCUGGGCUUUAGAGUUUGUGCCAGAUGACAUAUAAGCCCUCAGUGAAUUGUAAAGAGGAAGCUAUUAGUGGUUGAAGUGUCUUCCUCCGUAGGAAGAAGGGUGGGUGGUUUGUGUGCAUGUGGGGGUGUGUAGUAGGGUGAGGGGAGCAUGGUGUUCCAACACAUUUUGCAUCAGGUUUUCCUGAUUAGCUUAUAGAAGGAAACCUAAAGUGUCUUGUUCAUAACAUGAUCUGUACAAAUCUGUUGUAAAUACUGUAUUCGGAGGAUGUUUUCCUCCGGGAUCAUGAACUGCACAGAGAGUCUAUUUUGUUAAA